AAAAAAUCCAAAAGACGCUAAACCCAGAAAACCAAAAUAAAAUCCGCAAGAACCAAAACCCAGAAACGAGAAGGCUAGUAUGGACGGUAGUUUUAGUCUUGAAUUAUCGCUCCAGAGGUUUCUUGCUCGUUGCCCUAAGGUUGGGCGUGUUCCGCGAUUCGAGUCACUUGCGAGAAAGGGACACCUGCUGACUGAAGAAGAAGUGGUGAGUUCUGUGGCAGAGUUGAUUCUGCACCCUAACUAUACAAUUUCGUUGGUUGGGUGUUUCCGUCCGAUAGCACGAAAAGUAGUGGACAAAGCUGUGACUUUGCUUCGGCUUGUGCCCAAUUUGAGGACAAAUUCUGAAGUUAAUGUCGACGAAUCAGGAUAUCUUGAUCAUGAAGAAAUUGUUAAUAUUAUUGAGUUUCACAUUCAACAUGGAAGGGGUUUGGAUCUUCAUGAGCUUGCUUGUCUGGCCUUCUGCCGUGUGCUUGAUUUGGCUCCUUUUUUGUUGGGGUCUGUGUUAAAUUACUUCACAUUUGCUUCUCCUCCUUUUGAGCGCAUUUUGAUCAAAGGAAGUGUCUUUGAACUGUCUGGCAAGGUUAUUACCUAUUACUUGCAUGCCGUGCGGACAUCUUAUCGCUUUCUGGUUGCGGAAACCAAUAUUUUCUCUAAAUAUUGGGAUUGGUCAUGUUUCUUGGACUUUGUAAAGGAGGUUGUAAAUCUCGAUCGAGACAUUGAUGUCAAGUUUGAGAAGGAUAUCUCAGAUGUAAGGUGGUGUGGUGUACAAAUUUUAUCUGUCAUCUUGAAUAUGAAUGACAGAGCAAUUGCAAAGUUUGGUGUUGGGGUUGAAGAAGCACAUUCAUGUUUAUUGCGAUGGGAGGAGUUCUGUCAAGAUAUAGCUGUGGAGAAGGCUGGUGCAUAUAUUGGAACCUUUGAACACAAUAAGUCGGAUUCUGAAAAUAAAGAACUUGGUUUAAGUCAAGAAAACUGCCUCCAAUUAUUUGGCCUUUGUUCUUUUACAUCAUCACAGUUUCAUGAAACUAAGCCUCCUUUAAGAAGUCGGAGGCUGGUAGAAUGGGAUGAUAAAUCAGCUGGAAUUCCUUUUGUCAUGACAUCUAGAUUAAAGCAAAGUUUUGAGAUGGUGCUUUUGGCAGUCAGUCAAAAGUGGCCUGUUCUUCUGUAUGGCCCUGCCGGUGCUGGGAAAUCUGCCCUUAUUAGCAAGAUGGCCCGUGAUAGUGGGAACCAUGUGCUUUCUAUUUACAUGGAUGAUCAAAUUGACGGAAAAACAUUGGUUGGGAGUUAUGUUUGUACUGAGCAGCCAGGUGAAUUUAGAUGGCAGCCUGGGCCACUUACCCAGGCUGUUCUAAAUGGAUUUUGGGUUGUCUUUGAGGAUAUUGACAAAGCACCAUCAGAUGUGCUGUCUAUGAUAUUACCGUUGCUGGAAGGUUCAAGCUUAUUUAUAACUGGUUUUGGGGAGGAAAUUAGGGUGGCAGAAAGCUUCCAUUUAUUUUCAACUAUUUCUACAUCUAAAAGUGAUAUAUCUCGUGGAAUAGAAGGUGGGAAUUUAAAUGGAGUCCUGUGGAGGAAAGUGUUGAUUGAGCCGCCAGGUGACCAAGACCUAAGAAAGAUCGUAAGAGCAUGGUAUCCAAGUUUGGAGCCUCUUGCUGAAAAGCUUGUAGAAACUUUUGAAGGGGUUAACUCCAUCUGUUUGCACCAAUUUUUGAACUUUCAUUCUGGAAACUCUGUUUCCUUAAAUUCUCUCAGCAAGUUCUCGUUGAGGGAUCUACUCAAGUGGUGCAAGAGAAUUGCUGGACUGGGUUUUAGUUCUAUGCUGACAGCUUUUGAAUGUUAUUGUAUUUAUCGAGAGGCUGUGGAAGUCUUUGCCGCCUUUUCAACAUCUGUUGGAAAUAGGUUGACCAUAAUGAAAGACAUUGCAAAGAAGUGGGCUGUUCCAACUUCUGAGACAGAAAUGCUGUAUCCUCAUGAUGAACCUAUAAUUCAGGAUUUGCUUUCCGAAGUUAGGAUUGGACGAGUCACGCUUCAACGAACUGAAGCAACUUUAUAUGAUGAAAAGAGACCUUUUGUUAAGAUUCGUAGUUCUUUGCAUGUACUUGGGAGAAUAGCUUGCUCUGUUAAGUACAACGAGCCUGUUCUCUUAGUUGGUGAAACUGGCACCGGGAAGACUACACUUGUGCAGAAUCUGGCCUUGAGGAUGGGUCAGAAACUUACUGUUUUGAACUUAAGUCAGCAAAGUGAUGUUACUGAUCUAUUAGGAGGAUUUAAGCCUAUGGAUGCACGGUCUAUUUGCAUUCCCCUAUACAAUGAGUUUAAAUUUCUUUUUUCGAAGGCAUUUUCUAUGAAGGGUAAUGAUGAAUAUUUUGCUCGUUUACAAGCGCUUUUGUGCAGUAAGAACUGGGAGAAGUUACUUCGUAAGCUUAAGAAUGGUGUUGAUUUAUUCAAAAAGUUGGUAGAAGAAGAGAGGUCAGGUUCUGCCAGAAAGCGGAAAAAACCUUUAGAUGUAGAAAAGAAAGUUAAGGCUUGGGAGGACUUUUCUGCAAGACUUGAAACUGCCCACAGGCAGAUUGCGUCUUCUGGAAUGGUAUUUUCCUUUGUAGAAGGUGUUUUUGUGACUGCACUUAGAAAUGGUCAGUGGAUUUUGCUUGAUGAGGUGAACUUGGCGCCUCCUGAGAUUUUGCAGAGAGUUAUUGGUGUUCUUGAAGGGGAGAAUGGGUCACUUUGUUUAGCUGAAAGAGGUGAUGUCAGUAACAUUAACAGGCAUCCUAAUUUUCGUGUAUUUGCCUGCAUGAAUCCUGCAACUGAUGCUGGGAAGAGGGAUUUGCCUUAUGCUUUACGGAGUAGAUUUACAGAAUACUUUGUUGAUGAUAUAUUGGAUGACCAAGAUUUGGACAUAUUUAUUCAAAAAUUUUUGGGUGACAGUGUAUCAAGUAGUGAAUUAGUAAAAAGAAUUAGGUGUUUUUAUAAAAUAGCCAAGGAGGAUUCUGAUGAAAGGCUUCAAGAUGGGGCUAAUCAAAAGCCACAGUAUAGUUUAAGGUCUCUGUACAGGGCUCUAGAAUUUACAAGGAAAGCAGAAAGAAAAUUUGGGUUUCAGCAUGCAAUUUAUGAUGGAUUCUGUAUGUUUUUUGUUAGUUUAUUAGAUGGGCCAAGUGCGAAGAAAAUGAAGCAAAGGAUUUUGCAGUAUCUGCUAAGAGGAAAUAAACCUUCUCAUGUACCUUUUCAUCGGUACUUAAUGAUUAAGGAAAACUCCAGCUCCGAUGAAUUCUUAAAGAACUAUGUCCUGACUAAGAGUGUUAAGAAGCAUCUUAGAAACUUGUCACGUGCUGUUUUUAUAAAAAGAUAUCCUGUUCUUUUACAGGGUCCAACUUCUAGUGGGAAGACCAGCCUUGUCCAGUAUCUUGCUACAGUCACUGGUCAUGAAUUUGUGAGGAUAAAUAAUCAUGAACACACUGAUCUGCAGGAGUAUUUAGGUACUUACAUAACUGAUGCCCAUGGGAAGCUUGUAUUUCAGGAGGGUGUGUUGGUCAAAGCUGUUCGAAAUGGUUAUUGGAUUGUUUUAGAUGAGCUAAAUUUGGCUCCAACGGAUGUCCUAGAGGCACUAAACCGAUUGCUUGAUGACAACAGGGAGCUCUUUGUGCCUGAACUGCGUGAAACAAUUCCAGCACAUCCAGAUUUUAUGCUUUUUGCUACUCAAAAUCCGCCUACUUUCUAUGGUGGACGUAAAAUGCUUUCUCGAGCAUUUCGCAACCGAUUUGUGGAGAUUCAUGUUGAUGAAAUUCCAGAAGAUGAGUUAAGCACAAUUUUAAAGCAAAGGUGUCAGAUACCCGAAAGCUAUGCUAAGAAAAUGGUUGAGGUUAUGAAGGAGUUGCAGCUUCAUCGCCAGACUAGCAAAGUUUUUGCUGGAAAACAUGGAUUUAUAACUCCAAGGGACUUGUUUCGUUGGGCUGAUCGCUUCAGAAUUUCUGGGAUAUCUUAUGAAGAUUUGGCAAGAGAUGGGUAUCACCUUUUGGCUGAGAGGCUACGGGUUGAAGAUGAGAAACAUGUAGUUCAAGAAGUUUUGGAGAGACAUCUCCGAGUCAAACUUGUCAAAGAUGACUUAUACAAGCCGGAGUUGCUCGGAGAGGAUCCUGUUCCAGAGAGUGUUGGAAAUGUGAUCUUAACUAAAAGCAUGAGAAGAUUGUACUUCCUUGUCAGACGCUGCUAUAAGUUUCGUGAACCGGUGCUCCUUGUUGGUGAAACAGGUGGUGGGAAGACUACAGUGUGCCAGUUACUGAGUAUUGCUUUGGGGUUAAAUUUACACAUUUUGAAUUGUCACCAGUACACUGAAACGUCCGAUUUUCUUGGGGGUUUUUAUCCAAUUCGAGAUAGAUCAAGGUUGUCCUCAGAAUACAAACAUGUGAUUGAACGAUUGAAGCUUUUGAAGGCCAUUAUUCACUUCCCUGAAAGCUUGGAUAUUUCUCCAGAUAUCAGUCAUGCUUCCUUAACUCUUGACCAGCUGAAUGUAGUUAUUACCAAGUACAAACAAGGCUGUCUUUCAAUUCCUGAUUUCACUUUGCAAGAUAUGGAUGAUUUAGAUGAGGUGAAGCAGGAGCUUGAUCUGCUUUACCGUAAGUGGCAGACAAUUUUUACAUGGCAAGAUGGGCCUCUUGUGCAAUCUAUGAAGGCGGGUGACUUAUUUCUUGUUGAUGAAAUUUCCUUGGCUGAUGAUAGCGUUCUGGAAAGGUUGAACAGUGUCUUGGAGCCAGAAAGGAAACUGUCGUUGGCUGAGAAAGGAGGAAAUGUUCUAGAGAAAGUUACUGCUCAUGAAAACUUUUUAGUUCUUGCAACAAUGAAUCCUGGUGGUGACUAUGGUAAAAAGGAAUUAUCACCUGCUCUUCGUAAUCGGUUUACUGAGAUAUGGGUUCCAUCUGUUGGUGAUUUGAGCGACCUUAGGAGUAUUGCUUCGAAUAGACUAUCCCGCCUUGAACUCUCUUGUAUUAUUAAUCCUAUGGUAAACUUCUACGAGUGGUUUAAUCAAUUGCAAAUUGGGAGAUUCCUCACUGUCAGAGAUCUUCUGUCUUGGAUUGCAUUUGUUAAUGUGUCUAAAUUAGGACCAGAGCAUGCGUUCCUUCAUGGUGCCUUCCUUGUUCUGCUUGAUGGUCUAAGUUUAGGGACUGGUCUUUCUAAAAAGGAUUGUGGAGAGUUAAGGGAAAGAUGCUUGUCUUUUCUUUUAGAACUGCUACUGGUGGACAAUACAAAUUUGUUGUACCCUAAACUUUCAAAAAUGGAGAAUUAUGGUUGGGGUGAUCUUGAAACACCUACAGAGAUGAACACUGAUUGUAUGCUAUAUGACAAUAUCUUUAGUAUUGAUCCCUUUUACAUUGAAGAAGGUUCUGAAAAGAUUGAGGCGGGUGGAUUUGAGUUUUUGGCACCAACUACACGGAAAAAUGCUUUACGAGUGUUGCGGGCCAUGCAGCUUUCAAAGCCUGUUUUAUUGGAAGGUAGUCCAGGUGUUGGGAAAACAAGUUUGAUAGUUGCAUUAGGAAAAUUUUCAGGGCAUAAAGUCGUGCGCAUAAAUUUAUCUGAGCAGACUGAUAUGAUGGAUUUGCUGGGGUCGGACUUGCCUCUUGAGAGCGAUGAAGGGAUGAAGUUUGCUUGGUCUGAUGGAAUUUUAUUGCAGGCUUUAAAGGAGGGUUGUUGGGUUUUGCUGGAUGAGCUUAAUCUUGCUCCACAAUCUGUCUUAGAGGGUUUAAAUGCAAUCCUGGAUCAUCGAACUGAGGUCUUUAUACCAGAACUGGAUCGCACUUUUAGGUGCCCAUCAUCUUUUCGAGUUUUUGCUUGUCAGAAUCCUUCUUAUCAAGGUGGUGGCAGGAAAGGCCUACCAAAGUCUUUUCUUAAUCGUUUCACUAAGGUAUAUAUUGAUGAGUUAGUUGAGGAUGACUAUCUUUUCAUCUGCAGCUCACUUUAUCCGUCAAUUCCAUGUCCUUUACUUUCAAAUCUGAUCUCAUUUAAUAGACGGUUACAUGAGGACACUAUGUUGUAUCACAAGUUUGCUCAUAAUGGAUCGCCUUGGGAGUUUAAUCUGCGUGAUGUGCUUCGGUCAUGCCAGAUCCUACAAGGUACACCAGUUGGUAGCUUUGUCAAUCUUAUUUAUGUUCAAAGAAUGCGUACUGCAGCCGAUCGCAGACAAGUUAUGCAGCUAUAUGAACAGAUUUUUGGGGUGAAGCCAUCUAUAAAUCCUUACCCUAGAGUGCAGCUCAAUGCUGAUUAUUUGAUUGUUGGGAGUGUUGCUAUUAAAAGAAAUUUUUCUCGGCCAUCGGGAAGUUUAUGUCAGCUGAAACUUCUACCCAGUGUUCGUUGCAAUUUGGAAGCUGCUGCACAUUGUGUACAACAAGGAUGGUUGUGCAUUUUAGUUGGUCCACCAUCAUCUGGAAAAACUUCAUUGAUAAGGUUGCUGGCUUGGCUUACUGGUAACGUACUGCAUGAAUUAAAUCUGUCAUCAGCAACUGACAUUUCUGAACUGCUUGGAUGCUUUGAGCAAUAUAAUGCUCUUCGCAAUUUUCGCUCAGUUGUUGCUCAAGUUGGUCGUUUUGUUAAUGAAUAUAGCAGUUUGUUAUUGGAGACCUCAAUGGAGACAUUUUUAGGUGACAGAAAGGAUUUAAUUGCCAGAUGGCUUGCUUUUUUAUCUGAUGUCAAUUCUGACUUGAUGCCAAGUUUUUCUUAUAUGUGCCCAGAGACUUGGAAUGGCUUUUACAAAUCUCUUUCUUCAUUGAUUGAAAUCAUCGAACAGCUGAAAUCUGAUUUGGAAAAAAAUGUUUUGCCCAUUUCUUGGGCAAGUGAGGAUCUGGGGAGAACCAUGAAGACUAUAUUGAAAUUGCAAGAUCACAAGAAAAGGCCAUAUUCUGUUAAGUUUGAAUGGGUUACGGGAUUAUUGAUAAAGGCUAUAGAGAAUGGAGAAUGGAUUGUUCUAGAGAAUGCAAAUCUUUGUAAUCCCACGGUUCUUGAUAGAAUCAACUCUUUGGUGGAACCAGAUGGAACAAUUACUGUCAAUGAGUGUGGCAUUGUUGAUGGAAAACCUGUGGUUCUCCAUCCACACUCUAAUUUUCGAAUGUUUCUCACUGUAAACCCAAGCUUUGGUGAAGUAUCCCGAGCAAUGCGAAACAGAGGUGUUGAAAUAUUCAUGAUGGACCCGUACUGGAUUUUUGAUGAAGGAAAUGGAUGCAAUUCUGAGGAGUUUGAAAUGAAAGAUGUGAAGAGAUUUCUUGUUCUUGCGGGCAUUCCUGGUGUUAAGUUGGUUGACUCAAUGGCCAAAGCACAUGCAUAUGCUAGGGUUGAAGGUGUAUGCCUUAAUGUACGCAUCACUUAUCUUGAGCUUGCACGGUGGGUUCAGUUAUUUCAGCACCUUCUUAUGAAUGGCAAUCAACCAAUGUGGAGUCUCCAAAUAAGUUGGGAGCAUGCCUAUCUUUCAUCUUUUGGCGAGGCUGAAGGGGUGAACAUUGUGAAUCAUGCAAAGAAUGUUUAUUUGUCAGUUACUGAAUUAUAUGCAUCUGACUCUUCACAGGAGUCUGUUCUUUGUUUGCCUGGAGGAUGGCCAAUGCCAUUAACUUUGAUGGAUCUUGCAUGGUAUUCGAAAGAGGCCUAUGUCAAGCAGAAUUGCUCAUAUCUGCAGUUCUUGGGAGCACAGUAUGCAUCACAUAAACUUGCAAUCAGCUCUAGUAUCUGUCCUGUUGAUGAUGUGUUACAUAGGUGUGGAUGCAAGGGAACUUAUUUAUUGGACUGGAAGAUGUUAUACGAGACUCUCUAUCCUCAAGUAACAAAAGGAUUCACUUCAGACUCUGAUGUCAAAACAGAAUUUAACUUAAAUAUUGCUAAUAAGAUGAUGUUUUUUGCUGCCAACUGGGCAAUCGAACAGGCGACAGAAAAUGAUUUUCAGCUGUAUCUCCAGUGGUUUAGCUGGUUCAGUUUUCAUUUGGAACCGUAUGGUCAGUUUUUCAAAUCCUUUUUAACUUCACUUGAACAGGAAAGGAGGCAUCCAAUUUGGUCCCAUAUACUUCGCUGUCGUCAAGAGCUUAUAUCACUUAAUCAAUUAGAUAUAGACUUGCAUCCAAUCCCAAUGCUUUCUCUGGAAGUAGUUGAAUUAACUUCAUCAAAUCAUAUAUUAAAUGCAUCAAGUAAACUCCUCCAUGAUGCUAUUCACUGUGUGGGCCUACUCAGACUUAGUUAUCUACAGUGGAAUGCCGAAAGUAGGCAUAAACACACAGAUAAGUCACAUUGUUUCAUACCAUUUCUGGAAACUCUUCGUGUUUUGGAGGAGGAAAUCUUAAAUAUGCUUGUCGGGUCUCCCUCCUUUGAUUUGUUAUAUCAGUUAUACACCAAUCUCCUUGAAGAUCACAUACUGUUUUGGGAAAGUCUUAUCUUAUGGCAGUUUGAACGCUUGCUGAUCUCUUGGCGGUCUUUGUUGAAAGAUUCUGAAAAGCUGAAAGAAUUUUGUCCUAUAGCAGUUAAGAAUAUUCUGGUAACCAAGAAUCUUGCUGAAGUUUCAUCAUUGAACUUCCAUUCGGAGAGAUCACUGCUAUGGGUUCAUGGCGGUCAUCCUUUUCUGCCCCCAUCUUCCAAAUUGUAUCAUCAACAGCGGCAGCUUUUACAGUUUUGUAAGUUAGUUUGGCCAACAAAGGGAAAAUUAUGCAAUCAAGAUAUAGCUGUGAAUGAGCUUCCCAUUGAGAUUGUGGCAUCUUUUGAUUCUGAACUUCGCUUCCUUGCAUUGGAAGGCAUUUGCAUGUCAUCAUUUAUUAUGAGUAAAUGCGAUGAAGAUGAAAUGCAUGUUUCUCAUCAAAUGGAGGAGGUGUAUCAGAUGCUUUUGAAAAGGUUUGACUAUGAGAAACGCAAAUUGUCAAGCAAAAAUGGGCCUGAUGGUGCUAUUUAUGAGGCAAACUCAGUUGCUUGUUGUGUUCUUAGUUCUGAUUUGUUGCGCACAAGGUCUGGCUUUGACAAUUGGCUGGAUAUAGUUCCAAUCGUUGACUGUGCUAGUUGCUUCCUGGAUAUGGAGCUACUUCAAGAGCUGUCAUUGCUCACUUUGGCUGAUAGUGGAGAACUACAGCUAGGUUUGGUUGGUCUAUCUAACCUUUUGGAAUCUGACUUGAAAUAUUCACUUACUUAUUCAACAAGGCCUCCACAAUCUUUUGUACCACAUCAAAAACUUUUAUGGUUACUUGAUGCAUGGACAUCAGUGGAUGCAGUGCAUUCAAAAGUUUCUAGUUUUGUUCAUGAGAUGUGGUUUUGGUGGCAUUCAUUAUUGUGGAGCCAGCGCUCUGCUUCUAUCAAGAAUUUCUCAAUAAUUGAUGGUUAUGAUGUUCCACUACCAAAUGCACUUAUUCAGCCUGUGAGAACAGAUAGUGUUGCCAAGAUAUUGCAAAGUACACAUGAUAUCAAGGAUUUUUCCUUGCACUGUUUGAAGCUUAAGGUUGCUUCAUGUGUUCUCUGGCAAAUUUCUUCCCCAAGGACAAAUACACAUGGUUUUCUUUUUUCUACCGCCCGCUCUCUUUUCCAACAGAUAAUAUAUUCACAUAAAAAAUCUUUUGAUGCUGAGAAGUUUUCUGCCAUCAAGUCUAUUCUUUGUUCCUCUCUGAACAGUCUAACGGAAGAAAGUAUAGGGCUUGUGAGCUUGCUUAUUGGAUCAUCAAGUCAUCAAAGUUUGAAAUCGAUGAUCCGUUUGCUCAUUGAACCACUGCUCAGGCAACUAUAUCUUAAUUGCUCAUCUACUGAGUCAUACUCGGAUCUUGGUAUUGCUUGGUUACGUAUUGGAGUAUUACGUUUCCAUCUCUUACUUAGCUCUGAUAGUCUGGAUCCUGCCAGCAAAUUUUCUUGCAAAUUAUCCCAUUUAGAAGAAAAGAUAAUUUCUUAUAAACUUGAGAUGAAGGUGCGGCAAGAAUGUAAUUAUUUGAAAGGAUGGUCUUCUUCAAAGGAAACCGGUAAAAGGAUAUCACAAGCAAUAGAAAAACUUGAAAUUGAUCGAAGAAAACUGCUAAGGAAGAUUGUCUUCCGCCCUGAUCCUGCAAAAUUCAAAGCACUGAGAAAAGAAUGUGAUGAGUUUCUUGUACUUGUUAAUUCUUCAAUGAGUUUGGUCAAUAAUAUUGAAGGCAUGAAGUUACAACAGGUUGUUGACAACGUGUGCAACUGGCAGGAGACAGCCAGCUGCUUCAUUGACCGUUUGUCAAAUCAAUAUUCUGAGUACAUUGAUGUAGCCCAGCCAAUUCAAGUGGCUGUAUAUGAAAUGAAGUUGGGCUUAUCACUAGUUUUGUUGAGUGCCUUGCAGAAAAAUUUUCUUGACAGAAUCCAGGAGGACAAUAUCGAUAGAGUUAUGGAGUUGAUUUACUCAUUUAUGAGAUUCCCUAGGGGCUGCACAUCUGAAUUGGUUUCUAUCAGUGACAGGAGGCUGCUCAUGUUUUCUUCCCUUGACAUGCCUUCUUUUACAAAAUUCUCUGAAAGGGAAUUGAGCUUACUGGAAAAGAUGGUUACUAUUUCCAGUGAUGUCAACUCUGAAAACGUAUCUGUUUUCCAACUGAAAGCUGCCCUUUAUAACAAUGUCCUUGUUCGUGUUGCACAUUCGGUGGCUACUGCAAAAUUGGUGGAUAAUGUGUCUUUUAAGCUAUUGGACAAAAUUUUCUCUGGAUUUGCAAGCAUUUGGAUGCAUAUGAAAAUUCAAGGGAAGAAUCAAGAAAACCUUGAUGGUCAAUCUUAUAAGUUCAGGCCUCGUGCAUUUAGGAUUGAGAAUGUAAUGGAAGUAGAUAUAUCAGCUCUUGGCAAGUUGCUUGCGAAUGACAACUUCAUUGAAUGGCAAGAAUUGCUGUCUGAUGAAGAAUCCACUGAAAUGAUAGAAGAUGAAGAGAAACAUGAAAAAUUACAGGACGAAUGGAACCUGAUGGAAGAAUCUAUUUUGAUCAGCAUGAUCAAUAUGCACAAUCAAUUGUUUGGGUCCAGUGAUCUUGUAGUUACUCCUGGAUCUUUCCAAAUCACUGAUGUGGACAGAUUGCAUUCCUUCAUUGGCUCUUACACUUUGGGUGUUGGAAUGAUCAAAGGUUUAGGAGGUGUAUUUUCUCCCACCUUGGAUGCCAAACUUGUGCAGGAGCAUCUACUUCAACUAAGUUGGGAGUAUGAGCUGAAGUUUCCUUCGUCUCACAAAUCAGCUUGCAAAUACAAUUUUUACAAGGAUUCAAAUACUCAUAUAAUGGCCAAAAUGGUGGAGUUACUCACCAAUCUUAAGCAGCGAGUUCUCACCCUUUUGAGUGAAUGUGAAGAUCACCCUGGUCUCCAAAAAGUCUUGGAUGUGAUUGAAAUGCUUUUGGCUAUUCCUCUGAGCACUCCUCUAGCUAAGGCUCUCUCAGGAUUGCAAUUUCUACUUAACAGGACCUGGAUGAUACAGGAAAAUGGCUCAAAAUUUUCGCUCUCUGAUAAACUCGAACCCCUUAUUUCUCUGGUGUGCUCAUGGCAAAAAAUGGAGUUCGACUCUUGGCCUGUGUUGCUUGAUGAGGUUCAGGAUCAGUAUGAUGUAAAUGCUGCCAAGUUAUGGUUUUCACUCUUCUCAGUUCUUCAUCCAAUGCAUUCUUCUGAUAUUGCUGGACAUGAUCAGUCUACAAUUGCAAGUUUGGAGGAGUUUAUUCAAACAUCAAGCAUUGGUGAAUUCAGGAAACGCCUUCAACUUCUUUUUGCUUUCCUGGGACAAAUAAUUAGUGGUCAAAGUCUUGAAAUUUAUACAAGUCCUUGGCAGGAAGAAAAUAUUAAAAUUUUGUACAACAUAUUUGGAUUCUACAUACAAUUUUUGCCAAUUGUAAUGGAGUUGAUAGAAACGAAUAGAACAAAAAUAGAGACUGAAUUGAAAGAACUUCUGAAGCUUUGUCGUUGGGAUCAUUUUGAGAGUCAAUUGUCAAUUGACAACUUGAGAAAGCCUCGGCAGAAGAUCCGGAAACUAAUACAGAAGUACAGUGAUAUGUUGCAGCAACCUUUUGUGUUUAUUCUUAAUGAAGAGGUGGGACAGAAAGGAUUAAAAAUUGUUUCAGUGGAAAGUCCAAAGCCACUCAAUGAUAUCUCUGAAAGCAUUAGGAUGCUAAAUGCUGUUUUAAAUCUGACACAGUUCAAUGAUGAAUACAGGUCUCUGUGGUAUACCAACUGGGGGAAGAAAGUGAAUGACACUCUUCAAAAUUUGCACCUUGAAAGGAUAUCUGAAUUACAUUUUGUUAAUUCUGAAGACAUUGCAGGUGUCAUCAGGCAGUUCCCCUUCUCCCAGUUUAUGUGCUUAUCACACCAGGAUGAGUGGAAGGAUUUGUGGCACAAACUUGAAGAAAUAGGUAGAAUGACUAUGGAUUGUGGUGAUCUUUGGAUGGAUGUUAACAGAAGUCAAAGGAAGAAGAGGGUGUUGUCUGAGCUUCUAAAGCUGUUAGAAAGCAGUGGGUUACAUAGACAUAAGUUUGAAAUUAUGGAGAUAUCCAAUCCUUCAAGUUGGUUAUUCCUUCAGCCGUCGUAUGAUGCAAAGCAUUUGUUAAUGGAACGAACUAGACUGCCAAAUGGAGUUGCUGAUGUUUCUUCUCAUGUGGAAAAAUGUUUGCCGAGGGAAACUUUAGAUGCUGAAUGGAAAACAGCCAAUGAAUUUUACUUCAAAAGCUUGGCUGCAGUGCAGCUUCUUCAACAGAUUCGCCUGAAACAUCAUCGGGAUUUUACAUCUGAGCAGGUUAGCCAGUCGGUCUCUUAUCUUAGCCAUCUCAUAAUUAUACAACAGAUGCAAAGAGCAGCUGUCUAUGAUUUUUCUAGACAAUUAAAGAGUUUGCGUAAAUAUACCAUAGCUCUGGAAAGUUCAUUUUCUGGUUCCACUGAUGCUGAAAAACCAAAUGCUGGGUGUGUUUUUGCGAAAAGUCAACAUGCCACCUUUAACUGCAUGUGGCAACAGAAGCAACUGUUUGAUAAUCUGGAUGCUAUGUUGGUUGAAGAAUCUCUGUUGCUCAGAACUGUAGCAAGCACCCAUUUGAACUCUUGUCAAAAAGUCAGAGCUGCAGCAAAUAGGAUCCUUGGUUUCACUGAAGAAUUUAUUCCAGUUUUAAAGAAAUCUAAGGAGUCAUUGGACAGCUAUCUUAUUGGUUGUGAUGGAUCCAUAACCACAUUAGCUGGUCCCAUCCACCCUUAUGUGAUUUCGGAACAGAUGGAAAAGUUGGUGCUUCAUAAUUUCCAAGUUCUUCGGGAGUAUGAGGAGCAGCUUGCUGUUUUUAUUGAGCAAGGUUUUGAGAAAAGUUCAAUUGUAGAGUCUGUGCUCAAUCACUUUGAUGAAAGAUUCAGCAAGGGGAAAUUGAUUGCAAAACAGUACAGUUUAGCCUUGGAGAUGGAAAACGAAGCCAAAAAUCUUCAUGAGCUAGCUGAUCCUUGUUGUCAAAAGCGUCCUGAACUUGAAGCUCAGUUUGGUGACGCCUUCAAAAGAACAAUCAUACAUGUUAUGGAUGUGUUGCAAAAGUUAGGCUCGUUAGGCAAUCAUUCUUCACAACCUGAAGUGCCAUCAGGGAGUAUAACUGCAUGGGAGUCCCUUUUUAAAUCUGUAAAUUUGGGAGUGGAUGAACUAUGUGAUAAGCUUCUUGAAACAAUUCAGUUUGCAUUCUGUUGGUCGCAGGAGAAUCUGAUAAAUCAUUCUGGCACGAAGAUUUCCGGUCUAUCUUUACAUUUUGGAGCACUCUUGAAGUAUAUACAUGCAUUGGUGGACCUAAUAUUGAGCUUUAGCGAUAGUUUCCUUGAAGACUUCUUAAUUAUGCAUAAAACAGUGUCUGUAGUUACUCAUGGACUUGCAAAUAUUUUAGCUGAGUUGUAUGCCAAAGGAUUUGGUGUUUCACCCAGAGAUCAGGAAGAUGAUACCAGUCAUGAUAUGACUAGAGAUGCUAGUGGAACAGGUAUGGGAGAAGGUGCAGGGGUAAAUGAUGUCAGUGACCAGAUAAAUGAUGAAGAUCAACUGCUUGGGGCAUCUGAAAAGCCAAGUGAAGAGCAAGCUGCCUCAAAUGAUGUUUCUAGUAAGAAUGAAAAAGGAAUUGAAAUGGAGCAGGAUUUUUCUGCUGAUGCAUUUAGUGUCAGUGAGGACUCAGGAGAGGAUAAUGGUGAAGAUACUGAAGAUCAGCAAUUGGACUCUGCUAUGGGAGAAACUGGAGAAAACAAUGAAGUGGUUGAUGAGAAGCUUCAGGACAAGGAUGAUGAUGACAAUCCAAAUAACAACGAAAGGUAUGAAUCUGGGCCAUCAGUUCGGGAUAGUGACACAAGCAGUAGGGAGUUUAGAGGCAAGGAAGAUUCUGCUGGUACUGCUGAUGAACAUGAAGAAAAUGAAACGCAUGAACUUGACAAGGAAACUAGUGAGACUGAAAACCAGGUUGAUCUUGAUGAGAAUGAGAACAUUGAAGACCUUAACUUGAACAAAGAAGAGGCAUUUGCUGAUCCAACUGGAUUGAAACUUGAUGAAUUAAAUCAAAGUUCUAGUGAAGAUUUUAACAUGGAUGAAAGAGAGGAAACGGAUGUCAUGGAAGAAAAUGGUGCAGAUGAGGAAGCAGAAUCUGCUAAAGAUGAGACUAAUGAAGGUAACUCAAAUCCUGUUGAUGAAGCUAUGGAAGAGACGGGGAGUGAAAGAAAUGAUGGAACCUCUGAAAAGGAUGAAAAGGUGGAUGCAACUUCUGAGAAGGAUGAUAUUGGGAGAGAUCACAAGGAGGAUCCUGAGAUAAACCAAAUGGCAGCUAGGAAAAAUGUUUCUGAAUCCGAAAUUUCUGAUGUCAAUGGUGAUCAUAUUCCUAAUGCGGGAGCUGCAACACAACCAAACAGUGAGGUAUUGGAGGUGAGAAAUGUUGCACCUGAAACAAGUUGGGCAAAUAGCAGUGACAUUUACAAUGACCUUGCUCAGAGAAAUUUUCCGUCCAGUAACAAUUCUGACUUGAAUAUCAUGGUUGCCGACUCAUCAUAUAGUGGGAAGCUUGCUGAUGAUCAUCCAAAACCAGAGUUUCCUCGCCCAGAUGCUACUCCAUUUGAGAAAAAACAAUCAAACCCUUACAGAAAUGUUGCGGAUGCACUUCAGGAGUGGAAGGAAAGAGUCAGCGUCUCUGUUGAUCUUCAGGAUGAUAACAAGGACUCACAUGGAGAAAUUGAGGAUGAGAAUACUAAUGAGUAUGGUUAUGUCUCUGAGGUUGAAAAAGGAACGGCCCAGGCGCUGGGACCUGCUACGGCUGAGCAGAUUGAUACUGGUGUCAAUUUCAAUAAGCCUGAUGAAAAUACUCCUGUGGGAAUGGAAGACGAUGUCACUAAUAUGGAAAUAGAUGAGCAAAAUUCUGAAGAGCAUCCUAUUAAGCACUUUUUCUCUGUUAAAAAUAAUACGGAGGAGAAGAUUCAUGCUUCUGAGUUAGAGGUGCCAGCUAAUCAUCAAUCCCCUGGAGACCAUUGUCAUGAUGAUGGUGAUCCAGGAAACUCUUUGGAAUGCUUGAUCUCUGUAAAGAAAUCUUACUUGAGUGAGGAUGUAUGUCGACUCAACAGACUUUCUAUAAGUGAAGAGGAAAUCGGACAAGCCCUAGACUGUGAGGAAAUUUCAGGUGAUGUCAAAAAUAAUGCAACGGCUCUUUGGAGAAGAUAUGAGCUGCUUACAACAAGAUUAUCCCAGGAGUUGGCUGAACAACUACGUCUUGUUAUGGAACCCACUCUUGCAAGCAAACUCCAAGGGGAUUAUAAGACUGGCAAAAGGAUUAACAUGAAGAAGGUCAUUCCAUACAUAGCAAGUCAUUACCAAAAAGAUAAAAUCUGGCUAAGGCGGACCAAACCAAACAAGCGAGAUUACCAAGUUAUUAUUGCUGUUGAUGACUCAAAUAGUAUGUCAGAAAGUGGUUGUGGUGAGGUUGCAAUCAAAGCUUUGGUGACUGUGUGUCGUGCCAUGUCUCAAUUGGAAGUUGGAAGCUUGGCUGUUGCCAGCUUCGGGAAGAAAGGAAACAUAAAGUUGUUGCAUGACUUUGAUCAGCCCUUUACUGGUGAAUCAGGGGUUAAGAUGAUUUCUAGUUUGACAUUCAGACAAGAGAAUACCAUCACAGAUGAGCCGGUUGUUGAACUGUUGAUGUUUUUAAAUAAGAAGCUGGAUGCUGCAGUUGCGAAUGCACGACUUCCUUCUGGACAAAACCCGCUACAGCAACUUGUUUUAAUAAUUGGGGAUGGUCGGUUACAUGAGAAGGAGAACUUGAAGCGGUGUGUUCGGGAUGUCUUAAGUAGUAAAAGAAUGGUUGCUUUCCUGAUUCUUGAUAGCCUGCAAGAAUCAAUCAUGGAUCUUCAGGAAGUAAUUCCUAGUCAGGACAAGAACAAUCAAUUUAAGAUCUCGGUUUCCAAGUAUCUAGAUUCUUUUCCCUUCCCAUACUACGUUGUGUUAAGGAAUAUCGAAGCUCUUCCCAGGACCCUAGCAGAUUUAUUGAGACAGUGGUUUGAGCUUAUGCAGAAUUCAACAGACUAGACAUUGUUGGAUGGAGACGUGGAGAGGUCAAUGAAUUGUGUGGCUCUUUUAGGAGAUGGGGAUAAGGAUCUGCCUUAAACCUUAAAUGACUUAAGCUUGGUCCUCACAAAAGCCUUGAAUUGUGUAGCUCCAGUGGAAGGUGAAGUCGGCCAAUCUACUUUACCACCGAAGUUAUUUUAUUUUCUCACAACGUAUUUUUGUUGUUAGUUAAGUUUAUUAUUUUUUAAUCAAAUUAAAAAAAUUAUAAUAAAAUCACACUCGUUUAAAGAUAAAUAGCAAAUUUGAUCAUCAUUCUAAAUAAAAUGAUGAGAUUAAUUUUAAUUACAGACAGAUUGGUGGACCACUGCUGUAAAAAUAUCUGCAAAUAUAAUAAAAACAUAAUAAUAUUCUAAUUACAGAAUUGAUAGUC